AUGAGUUCUGCUCUGUCGUCCCGGAAUAUCAAUGGGGUCUACAUCCCUUCAGCACUUCUACUAGUUGGUGUGGCUAUUGUAAAGACAGAGUGGCUUCCUUACGCCGCAGCUUUCGCAGCCAUCGUCGGUGGAUACAAGGUCUUCGCAAGCGGUCCAGCCAAACCGAGAAAGGUCUUGAUUCCCGACCAGUUUCAAGACUUCCCAGUCACCAAAAUCACAAAGACCUCCCACAAUGUCGCAAUCUAUCGUCUCGGCCUACCGAACCCCACUGACAUCCUCGGUCUUCCCAUCGGCCAGCAUAUCUCUCUUGCAGCAACCCCAAAAGGAGCAGAAAAGGAGGUCGUGCGUUCAUACACACCUAUCUCAUCGGAUGAAGACCAGGGCUUUGUUGAUGUCAUGAUCAAGGCAUACCCACAAGGCAACAUCAGCGCUCAUAUGACCACAUUGAAGGUGGGAGACACCAUCAAAGUCAGAGGUCCCAAAGGAGCCAUGGUGUACAACCCAAAUCUUGCUAAGCGAAUCGGUAUGAUCGCUGGCGGAACGGGCAUUACACCCAUGCUGCAAAUCGCUCGAGCCAUCGAGCGUGGAAGACCCAGAAAUGGAGGCAACGACACAACCAAGGUUGACCUGAUCUUCGCCAAUGUCAACCCUGAUGAUAUUCUUCUGAAAGAGGAAAUUGAUAACCUAGCCAAGAUCGAUCCCGAUUUCAACGUAUACUAUGUCCUCAAUAAUCCACCUGAGAAAUGGGACGGUGGUGUUGGGUUUGUCACUCCAGAUAUGAUCAAAUCCAAGCUGCCACCACCGGCAUCAGACACCAAAAUCUUCAUCUGCGGUCCACCACCUAUGGUUAGUGCUCUGAAAAAGGCAACCGAAGGCUUAGGUUUCCAGAAAGCCCGACCUGUGAGCAAACUGGAAGAUCAAGUUUUCUGCUUCUAA